UUGCUGUCCAUAUCCCUGAAUCGCAUUAACUGCAGCACCUCUUACUGGGUUCCAGUGGUGGCAUCCCACCCAUCCUACAAAGCACCUCAACCUCCAUCCACUGGCAAAACAUUUGUUUUCCCAGUCUGGACUUGCUAAAGUUAAAAAAAAAAAAAAGUGUCAACUGACCUGAAGUUUUAAUAGAAGCAUUUGAUGUGGGCAUACCCUACAGAACUUGACUGAUGAAAACUUAGCAAAUUCUUAACCACUAAGUGGUUUACCAACUACAUUAAGAAUUUAGAAGAAAAAUACCAGACGCCACUCUGCAAGUUGCAUUAACUGUCACUCCUGGAGACGUUCAAAUCCUUCAGAAACAACAGAAUAACAAGGAACCAAAGAGGAAAUGCAGGUCACCAGUAACCUCACCGCUACACCUGGGAACAGCAGCCUGUGUACCAGAGACUACAAGAUUACCCAGGUUCUAUUCCCGCUGCUCUACUCUGUCCUUUUUAUUGUUGGACUUGUCACAAACAGCCUGGCAAUGAGGAUUUUCUUUCAAAUCAACAGUAACUCGAACUUCAUUAUUUUUCUAAAGAACACAGUCAUUUCCGAUCUUCUCAUGAUUCUGACAUUUCCAUUCAAAAUUCUUAGUGAUGCCGAACUGGGACCAGGACCUCUGAGAACCUUUGUGUGCCAAGUUACUUCUGUCAUAUUUUAUUUCACAAUGUAUAUCAGUAUUUCAUUCCUGGGACUGAUAACUAUCGACCGGUACCAAAAGACCACCAGGCCAUUUAAAACAUCCAACCCCAGUAAUAUCUUGGGGGCUAAGAUUCUCUCUGUUGCCAUCUGGGCCUUCAUGUUCUUAUUCUCUUUGCCUAACAUGAUUCUCACCAACAAGAGGCCAAAGGACAAAAACGUGAAGAAAUGCUCUUUCUUUAAAUCGCCGUUUGGGCUGGUCUGGCAUGAAAUAGUCAAUUACAUCUGUCAAGUCAUCUUCUGGAUUAAUUUUUUAAUUGUAAUUGUAUGCUAUACUCUCAUUACAAAAGAACUCUACAGAUCAUAUGUAAGAACAAGGGGAGUAGGCAAAGUCCCCAGGAAAAAGGUGAAUGUCAAAGUUUUCAUUAUCAUUGCUGUGUUCUUUAUUUGUUUUGUUCCUUUCCAUUUUGCCCGAAUUCCCUACACCCUGAGUCAGACCCGGGAUGUUUUUGACUGUGCUGCAGAAAACACUCUGUUCUAUGUCAAAGAAAGCACACUCUGGUUAACUUCUUUGAACGCGUGCUUGGAUCCAUUCAUCUAUUUUUUCCUUUGCAAAUCCUUCAGAAAUUCCUUGAUAAGCAUGCUGAAGUGUCAGAAUUCUGCAAAAUCUCCAUCCCGAGAAAACAGGAAGAAAGGACAGGGCGGUGGUAACCCAAGUGAGGAGACACCAAUGUAAACAAAUUACUCUAGGAAGUGUUGCAAUCUACUAGUGUUAAGAAUCCCUCAAAGGAAAGCGCUGUGUAAAAAUAUUAACACUAAGAAGUACCUGGGUUCAUAAUAGUAUCUCUUGAAUAGGUAACUACAAAAAUAAUUUUCAACUACUUUGUUAGUCUAAAAAGCUAUCUUAAAAUGUUUGAAAAUAACUUCAUCUGUAACUAGGUAGUUUAAAAAAAAAAACAUAUCCAAGCACCAUGCUUCAUGAAAAAUCACAAAUUCAUUAUUUGCAUAGCUUCUGCAAAGUGGGUUACCAUAUAAUAAUAACAUACGUCACUGAUAAAAUACAUCAUUGAUCUUGGGUUUUUUUGUUUUUUUGUUUGUUUGGUUGGUUGGUUGGUAUUUUUAAGA